CCCAACUCCCGCAGACGGCCAUUUCCAGUACUUCCACACUCCAGCUCUACUCUAUCGCACUGUUGAGAACCUCUCCGUUUGUCCCUCUUCCCCUCCAUGUCUUCCAUAGUCGGAUACGAUGGAAGCUAACGUACUACACGCAUCUCCAUUCUCACCGCCGCGCUCGACCCUCCGACUUGUUUCCGUGAACGGACCACUGUCUUUCGUAUUCCUCAACAACCUAGCUCUCAGAAGCUUCCACCGCUUUCGUCGUCUUCCAAACCCUCGCUCCAAGGUUAUUGGAGGACUGAAUUUGAGUAGUGGAAUUUCGGAAGGUGAGAAUGGUGAUAUUUUGUGGGAGACCUGCUUUACGCGUACACUGCCUCCUGCGUUGACGCUCCAGCAGGGGCUAGGGAAGAUGAAGGAGGCUGUUGAGAAGCUGAAGCUCAAUCCUCCUCGUACAAGUAGUGGAAUUUGUAGAUUUCAGGUUGCGGUGCCCCCAAGUGUGAAAGCUUUGGAUUGGUUUUUCUGUCAACCAGUGUCAUCUGAAGUGUUUCCUCAAUUUUUUCUUUCCAAGGAGAUGGAGAACCCAGUGUGUAAAUCACUUUAUUUAAAUGGAAUCCGUGGAGUUUUUGGAAUUGGUACUGCAGCAUACAUUGCAUGUUCUUCUUCUAUCACAAGAGAGUGGAGUUUGUUCAAGAUUAAAACGUAUCUCUCCGAUGAUUCAACAUUUAUAAAGGCUUAUCUUAUCAUGGGUUCUGAUUUAUACGAGGAGCCAUCUUCAUUGACGCAUGAAAGUGGUUCACUUUACCUCUUUAUUCCUCAGAUUGAACUAGACGAAUGCCGGGAUAUGUCUAUUUUAACAUCUACACUGGCAUGGAAUGAGUCUUCUCAUUAUGCAUUUGAAGGUGCUGUUUACUCUUAUGAGUUGUCUCUUGAGCAGGCCAGUAGUCAUUUUUCUCAAAUUGCUGAGAAAUGCCGCAACAAAUGCAGGACAUCUACUCUCAGAAAUUUCAAUAUGGUGGAAGAUAAAAAUGUUAAGAUGGUCUACCUAAAUGCUUUAUCAGUGAGUGCCAGAGAAAAAAAAGAUAUUAUAACUGACUCCUUGGAACUGAACGAUGCCUUCUAUUCGAGGCAAUUUUGUAUCAGGCUCUCACCAACUAUUGCUGUUUCCAGUAACAUGUUGGAUUGUUCCAGAGUUUUGAGUUACAAUGAGAAACACUAUGCAAACAUCAAUACUGUGUGGGCAUCACUAAUAAUUGAGGAAUGCUGUCGACUUGGUUUGACGUAUUUUUGUGUAGCUCCAGGAUCAAGGUCCUCUCCCCUUGCUGUUGCUGCCUCCACACAUCCACUUACAACUUGCAUGUCAUGCUUUGAUGAGCGCUCACUUGCAUUUCAUGCCAUUGGUUAUGCGAGAGGAUCUCAUAAACCAGCAGUAGUGAUUACGUCAUCGGGCACUGCAGUCUCAAAUCUUCUUCCUGCUGUUGUGGAGGCUAGUCAAGACUUUGUACCCAUUUUGUUACUCACAGCGGAUCGUCCUCCUGAGCUGCAGGAGGCUGGGGCAAACCAAGCAAUUAAUCAGGUCAAUCAUUUUGGAUCUUUUGUGAGGUUUUUCUUUAGUCUUCCUCCACCUACUGAUCAUAUUCCUGCGCGGAUGGUACUUACCACUCUCGACUCUGCUUUGUAUUGGGCAACCUCUUCACCAAGUGGCCCUGUUCAUAUCAACUGUCCUUUUAGGGAGCCUCUUGAAAGUAGUCCAAGAAAAUGGAUGUUGAAUUGCCUAGAAGGAUUAGAUUUUUGGAUGUCAAGUGAUGAACCAUUUACGAAGUAUAUCCAAGUGCAAAAUUCUCACGCAUGCAAUGACACACAAUACCAAAUGGCAGAGGUUCUAGAAGUGAUUCAACGGGCUAGUCAAGGGCUUCUACUUUUUGGUGCACUCCGCACAGAGGAUGAGAUGUGGGCAGCUCUUCUUAUUGCUAAACAUCUUCGGUGGCCAGUUGUAGCUGACAUCUUAUCGGGUUUACGGUUGAGAAAGCUUUUGAUCUCUUUUCAUGAAGUUGAAGAGAACUUUUUAUUUGUUGAUUAUCUUGAUCAUGUUCUGCUCUCAGAAUUGGUCCGGAACAAGGCACAUGCUGAUGUUAUUAUUCAGAUUGGGAGCAGGAUAACUAGCAAGCGCAUUUCUCAGUUCUUAGAGGAGUGCUUUCCAUGCUCAUAUAUCUUGGUUGACACGCAUCCAAGUCGCCAUGAUCCUUCACAUAUUAUCACACACAGGAUUCAGAGUACCAUUACUCAAUUUGCUGAUUUUUUACUUAAAGCUCAAUUUCCCCGACUAAGCGAAAAAUGGACUGCUUUGCUACGAGCGCUAGAUAAGAUGGUUGCAUCGGAGAUAUCCUUUCAAAUUCAUUCAGAGAACUCCUUGACUGAACCUCAUGUUGCACAUGUUAUUUCAGAAGGACUUUGCUCUGAUUCUGCUUUGUUUAUUGGGAAUAGUAUGGCAAUACGUGAUGCAGACAUGUAUGGAUGUAAUUGGGUGAGAUGUACCUAUGACACUGAUGCUACAUUGUUUUCCUCUGAACAAAAAUGUCACUGGAUAGAUGUGGCUGGGAAUAGAGGAGUUAGUGGUAUUGAUGGUUUGCUUAGCACAGCUAUUGGUUUUGCUGUAGGAUGCCAGAAAAGGGUACUUUGUGUGAUUGGAGAUGUUUCUUUCCUUCAUGAUACGAAUGGGUUGGCGAUUUUCGGCCACAGGAUGUGGCGGAAACCAAUGACGGUGCUUGUUAUAAACAAUCAUGGCGGUGCAAUCUUCAGUCUCCUUCCUGUUGCUAAUAGAACUGAUGCGACUAUACUGAAUCAGUAUUUCUACACCUCACAUAACAUUUCAGUCCGCAAGCUGUGUAAUGCACAUGGUGUGAAGCAUUUGCAUGUCCGAACGAAAGUGGAACUCCAGGAUGCUUUAUUCUCAUCUCAACAGCGUGAAACAGAUUGUGUUAUAGAAGUUGAGAGCUGCAUUGAUGCCAAUGCAUCAUUUCACAGUAAGUUGAGAAAAUUUGCAUGCCAAGCAGCAGAUCAUGCUAUGAGCCUCUUUUCAAGGCUCUCACUUCCAGAUUCUGCUGUAUUCAGCUUCCUUCAUUUUGAGGUCAGUAGAUUGGAGUAUUCAGAAUACAGAAUUCUGCUAUCUGCUCCACCUACUUCAAUUUCCAUCAAUAAUGACCCCACCAAGUUUUACAGAGAAGGCUUCAUUUUAACCUUGUCUCUUGAAGAUGGAGGCGUUGGAUUUGGUGAGGUGGCACCUCUUGAAAUUUACAAGGAAAAUUUUUUUGAAGUAGAAGCGCAACUUCAGUUUCUUGUUCAUGCAAUUAAAGGAGUUAAGAUUAGUUACUUAUUACCCCUGCUUAGGGGCUCAUUUUCUUCUUGGAUAUGGAGCAGCCUGGGGGUCCCGCCAUAUUCAAUAUUUCCAAGUGUCAGAUGUGGCCUGGAGAUGGCCAUCCUCAAUGCUAUAGCUCUAAGGCAAGGUUCCAAUUUGUUAAAUAUGCUUCAUCCCCAUAUGGAUAAAGAGGAAGAAAUAUGUGAAAGGUCAUCUAAGGUUCAGAUUUGUGCCCUUAUUGAUGCUAGUGGAACCCCAGCAGAGGUGGCUUAUAUUGCUAGAAGGCUUGUGAAGGAAGGAUUUGCAGCAAUUAAGCUAAAGGUAGCACGUCGCGCAGAACCCAUUGAAGAUGCUGCAGUUGUUGAAGAAGUAAGAAAGAAGGUUGGACAUGAGAUUGAACUCCGUGCUGAUGCCAAUAGAAAAUGGACCUAUAAAGAAGCAAUUCAAUUUGGAGCUUGUGUGAAAAAUUGUGGCCUACAGUAUAUUGAGGAACCUGUUCAGAAUGAAGGAGAUAUAAUUAAGUUUUGUGAAGAGACUGGCUUACCUGUUGCACUGGAUGAAACCAUUGACUGUAUCAAAGAUCAUCCUCUCAAAACACUUGCGAAGUUCACUCACCCAAGAGUAGUUGCUGUUGUCAUCAAACCUAGUGUUGUUGGGGGUUUUGAAAAUGCAUCACUUAUUGCAAGAUGGGCCCAGCAGCAGAGAAAAAUGGUUGUCGUCAGUGCUGCAUUUGAAAGUAGUUUAGGUUUGUCAGCAUAUAUUCAGCUGGCUUGUUAUUUUGAGCUGCAAAAUGUGAAAACAUGCAGGAUGAUGAAGAGAGAACUGGCCCCAUCUGUUGCCCAUGGUUUUGGAACUUACCGAUGGCUUCAAGAAGAUGUAACCACUGAAACUCUCGAGAUUUCUCGUAAUCCAAACAGCGGCUUUGUAGAAGCAUCUGUUGCCAAUGCUGCUCGACUAUUGCAAAAUUUUCAAAUCAACUGCAACAAUAUUUCUAGAACCUUUUCUGGGGAGCAAAUACGAGCAUACCAAUUGACUGUGGAAUAUGAAGGUCUAUCAUGUUUCUUCAAUAUGCAAGAGAUUGGACCAUGCACUAAUAAUAAUGUACUUGUGUUUCUUCAUGGAUUCCUUGGAACUGGUGAAGACUGGAUUCCUAUCAUGAAGGCCCUCUCAGGAUCUGCAAGAUGCAUUUCAAUUGAUCUUCCUGGACAUGGUGGAACGAAAAUUCAAAGCCAGGCCUCUAACAAAGCCGCACCAGAACUCAAUUUGUCAAUUGAAGUUAUUGCAAGUGUUUUGUUUGAGUUAUUUAAUCACAUCACUCCUGGGAGAGUUACUCUUGUUGGAUAUUCUAUGGGAGCUAGGAUCACAUUAUACAUGACCCUGAGGUUCAGUUAUAAGAUUGAAGGAGCUGUUAUUAUAUCUGGAAGCCCAGGACUAAAGGAGUUAGCAGCAAGAAAAAUUCGUAGGGCUAGAGAUGACCGCAAAGCACGCUCCCUCAUUACAUAUGGUUUGGAGCAUUUUAUGGACACAUGGUAUGCGGGAGAGCUGUGGAAGAGCUUAAGAGGCCAUCCCCAUUUUGAUCAGAUAGCUGCCAGACGCUUGCAACAUGGAGACGUGCACACUCUUGCAAAAGUUCUGUCUGAUUUAAGCAUUGGGAGGCAGCCGCCAAUGUGGGAAGACUUGAAGCAAUGCCAACUGCCCCUUAUGAUUAUCGUUGGAGAGAGAGAUUGGAAGUUCAAGAGAAUUGCUCAGGCAAUGUGCCACGAAAUUGGCUAUGGUACAAAAAGCACAGAUGACCUGGGGCAGAAGCUUUAUGAAAUGGUUGAAGUUCCCAACUGUGGGCAUGCCGUUCAUCUAGAGAACCCUCUUCAUGUUAUCAGCACAUUGAGAAAAUUUUUUAUGAGACUGAAUUGAGAUUCAAUGCCAAAUCAAAAUAUAUUUUAAGGUAGUGUCAAAUUCCAGUACCCAAAUAAAUGUGGAAUGAAAUGUUACAAAUAUCAUAUAUGUGGCAUCUCAUUGAUGGGAAUGUUGAUAGAUGCUGCAAAAUAGAUGCCCCCCUGAUUGAAACAUAUGUUACCACAAAAACAUGACAUUGUCUUUCUAAACACAAUUUCUUCAAAAAUAUAAUGUCUUUCAUUCUUUUA